AUGCAAAACAGAAUUUCUAAUACUAAUCAAAAUUAUAAAGUAUUUGCAAGGGUUAGACCGAUUGAUUAUUAAUAGAAGAUGGUUGACUUCACUAAUGAGAGCAUUUCAAUAAGAGUACAGAGCUAUUUUAUUUAAGGAUCCAACAAACAAAAAUGCAGAAAGCAAAAUGGUUUCAUUCUCUUCAGUGUGCACUACUUAGGAACAUGUGUUCAGAGUGAUUGAGCCUAUGUUACAGAAACUGAUAGAGGGUCACAAUUCUUGUAUUUUGAGUUAUGGAUAGACUGGAAGUGGGAAGAGCUACACAUUAUUCGGCUAAGAAGGAGAGGAAUAUAAACCUGACAAGAGGGGCAUUGUAACAGGAGCCAUCGAUUAUCUUCUUUCUAAGGCGUAAGAAUUUGAGGAGAUCCGAGAAUUCGAGAUUACUGCUACGAUGGCUGAACUAUUCUUGGAUUAGGUGCGGGACUUAGGUAAGGCAUACAAAUAACGUGAUUCUGGGAAUAUGAAUCAAAAAAUUUAGAAUUAUGAAAAUGAAAAUCUAACCAUAUACGAAAACUCAGAUGGAUAGUUAAUGAUUAAAGAUAUCUCAUAGAUAACAAUAAGAUCUGCUAAAGAAUUGAUAGACAUGAUAUAAAUGGGUUUUCAAAUGAGAGAGAAACUAGAAUAGUAAAGUAAAUCAUUUGGAUAGAAGUGUCACACAGUUAUCACCUUGAAACUGGUUUAAAAGGAUAAGGAGAACUCGAAUCUACCAUUUAUGAAUGCACUCAUAUAGUUUGUUGAUUUGGCAGGAUCUGAAAGAAUAGCCAAAAGUUUGACAUAAGAAGGAUAGUUCUAGGAGGCAAUAUUGAUUAAUUAAAGCUUGACUGCCUUAUCGAAAUGUUUGACUGCUAUAUCCCAGAUGAAUUCUAAAAAUAUUCCAUAUCGAGAUUCCAAGUUGACGAAAAUCUUAUAAAAUUGUCUAAAUAGUUAAAGUUAGGUUGCAUUAAUGGUGCAUAUCAACCCAAAUGAAAAUAAUUUUGAAGAAUGUUUGUCAGCUUUACAAUAUGCAGAAAGGACCAAAGGAAUAACAGCGUCGCAGCAGAUUGAUGAUAAUUCGAAUUAGCCAGGUCCUUUCCCUGGGUAGGAUAAGUUGAUUAAGAAAUUGUAAGAUGAAAAUACUGAAUUGAAAGCGAAGGUAGAUUUCCUUUAGAAGGAACAUAGAUAGAAACUAUCCGAAAUCUAAACUUUAUUAGGAAUUGACGUAGAUUUAGAGGUACUCUUUUCUAGAAUGGGUGCUUAAGAAUUAUAGAAAUACAAAAUUCAGAAGGAUGCUAUGCUGAAAGUAGAGACUCUUUAGAAUUAUGUAAAAGAGGCAGAUCACAUGAUUGAGAAGCUGUAGAAGGAGAAAGAACUGAUGAAAAAGGAAGAAAGUAUUAAAUUGGAGAGACAAUAAUGCAAGAACAUACAAUAAAAGGAUGAAAUCAAAAAGUUGAAGGAACAGUAGGCUGAAAGGAAACAACAACUAGAACAAAUUGAAUAAGAAAAAAACGAUAAGAUAUUAGAUACUGUGAAAAAAUAAUUAAAAGAACAUCAGCAAGUGAUUGAGAAGAAGGUGAAUGUUAUUGUAAAUUUACCUUAAAACAUUUAAACAAAGACUUAGGAGGUGUAAAAGCAUGAAGACAUUAAAAGAAUGGUAAAACUUGAAUUAGAAAAAGAGUAUGCAUUCUAUUCUAAAUUAGGUAUAAAUAACAAAUGGAUAAUUUAAAGGCUGAGUAUAACAAAUUUUUGUAGGACAGUACAAGUUAAUACGAGAAAUACUUAGAAAAGAAAAAUGAAGAGAUAGAGAACUUUAUUCACUAAUUUAAAAAAUAUCAAGAAAAAAAGAAGUAAUCAUUCUGAAUUUAUUGUUAUAGAAUGUAAAUAAAGGACUUGAAGGUUGAAUUAUUUGAGUUAUACGAUGUUGUUAUGAAAACAUUUAGAGUUAUUGAGAAAAUUGAAAAUGGUGCUUAUAGUUCUGGAAUCAGGUCAUUUAAUAUUCCAUCUAUGGAUAAACCUCACAUUCCUACUAGAAACAAAUUCAAAAAGUAAAUUAUAAAAUGAUUCCUAAGUCUCUUUAAGUACCUUGAUUAAAGAAGUCUUAAAAAUACUAAAUUAGAUGCAAUCAAAGAAAGGGUGGCUCCGAAACCUUUACAUAUGUCAUAACUUCUCGAAAGUACCAAUAUCAAAAUGAAUCUUACAAAAAUGCCAGAACCUACUGUCAGGUAAUUUGCUAGCGUGAUAAGCGAUGAAUUAGUCUCAGUUUUAGCAAGGGAGAAAGAAUUGUAGAGAAGAGUAACUGAAUUAGAGUUUCUGCAAUCAAGCAAUGAUCUGAAUACGUUAAUCAAAGAACGAGAUGAAUAUAAAUAACUUUACCUAUAAGAAGUCAAAAAAAUAAAUUAAUCAAAAAGAAUAAUCUCUAGCAAAUUUGAAUCUCAACCAAAUCUUUUAAUUAGACCCUUAACUCAGCAGCAUUCACGAUACAGGUUAUGAUUUAC